CUCUGAGGUUUUAUCUUUACCAAUUUAUACAUUAAUAGUGUAUAAUAAAUACUUUUAUUUCACACACAUCUUCAGCUCCAAACAUAGCUGCCUAAAUAGUCAAUCCUAAAACUAAGCCCACUGGUCUUACUUUUUGAGAGAAGUCACCACAGAAACCAGAGCUAUUUGAGGAGGCAGGAGAUUAUCUGUCUAGUCACUCAUUCAGUCUCUGCAAUAGCUGUGUCAGGGGUUUUACAGAAGAAAGAACUGGGAUUAUAAAGUCUGUGGAUCUCUUUUUCUUUUCAGAUGUGUGUGUGUGUGUGUGUGUGUGUGUGUGCGCGUGUGUGUAUGUAUGUGUGUGUGUACUCAUGUGCAGGUGCCCAGGAAGCCAGAAGAGGAUAUUGGAUUGCCUGGAUCUGGAGUUGGUUUUAAGCUCCUUGAUGCGGAUGCUAGAAAUUGAACUCGGGUCCCCUGAAAGAACAGUAAGCUCUUAACCACUGAACCAUCUCUAGCCCUAAGCCUUUUCCAGCUCCAAAGUCAGGCACUGAAAGACCAUACAGGAAAAGCGUGUAGUUAUCAUACACAUUCAGUUAAUCUCUACACUCUAUUUUGCUCCUAAUCUUUAUUGUUUUUUUAAAAUAAAAACCCCAAAAACAAACAAACAAACAACAAAGAAAGAAACAAACAAAUCCCCAAACCAAAAUCCAGUUCUAGAUACUUAACUGUCUGUUGUAUCCAGACUGAUGAGAUUUUUGGGUUAACAGAGAAUCAUGAAAGGACACAGAAAAUCCCUGUACUGGGCCCCUGGCUGACCUGGCUGAAGGUCAGUCCUUGGACGGGGACACUCCUCUUCUUGGACAAAGAGAUCAGAAUACUUAUUUUUAAACUUAUUUCCAGGCACAUGCUCUUUUAAUUCUAAACUAUAAACCUUAAAUGAAGUACGAGGCUUCUAUCGAGGGCCACCAACUCAAAAGUAAAACAGAAAAGAAACCUAGUGACCUUAGAAGUGAAGACAGCUUCACAGCAGUGUUCUGAACUGGGCAAAUAUUUGCAGCAACGCAAACCGCCUCGGGACUACAACUCCCAGCAUGCCGCGCCCUAGACCAAUGUUUAUUGGCCGUAGAGAGAAAGGAUGUCCCCAGAAUCCAAUCCCGACGCGGCGGAGGCUGGUCCUUUCUGGGUUCCGGCUCCGGCUCCUUCCCCCGCCCACCCAGGCGGCGCUGUCCCUGACCGAGCUGCGGGAGUGAGGGUUCAGAGAUGGGCAGUGAGAAAGAGCAGAGUCCAGAAGCUCACCUGCCUGAGGAAGGGGAAGGGGAGAAGCCUUGGAGAGUGGAUGACUCAGAGGGUUCUCAGAUCCUGUCUGGGGAGGAACAUGGGCAGGCGAGUCUGUCAAAGGGUCUUCAAGGAACACAUUCAAAAAUGCCAUGGCAGAAAGUCACUGCCCAAGCUGGAGGCCCUGGGAACCCCAUUGCCUUUUCAAGCCCAGAGGUGGACGAGAAGCCUUUUAUAUGUGUGCAGUGUGGCAAAACCUUCAAUAACACCUCCAACCUGAGAACACACCAGCGGAUCCACACUGGUGAGAAGCCAUACAAGUGUUCAGAGUGUGGCAAGAGCUUCUCCCGGAGUUCCAACCGCAUCCGGCACGAGAGAAUCCACCUGGAAGAGAAGCUCUACCAGUGUGCUAAGUGUCAGGAGAGCUUUCGGCGGCGCUCAGACCUCACUACUCACCAGCAAGACCACCUGGGCCAGCGGCCGUACCGCUGUGACCUUUGUGGCAAGAGCUUUAGUCAGAGCGCCACGCUGGCUGUCCAUCGCCGAACCCACCUGGAGCCGGCACCUUACAUCUGCUGUGAGUGUGGGAAGAGCUUCAGCAACAGCUCCAGCUUUGGGGUACACCACCGCACCCACACGGGUGAGAGGCCCUAUGAGUGCACUGAGUGUGGACGGACUUUCAGCGAUAUCUCCAACUUUGGUGCGCACCAGAGGACGCACAGAGGGGAGAAGCCGUACCGCUGCACCCUGUGUGGGAAGUGCUUCUCCCGAAGUUCCAACCUCAUCCGACACCAGAAGACACACUUGGGCGAGCAGGAUGAGAAAGAUUCUAGCUAAAGGGGAGCCCUGCUUAGAGAGUGGGGGAGAGCAGAGAGCCCACCUCGAUAGGAGAAGGAGGCCUUAAGGACCUGCUGUGGCCACCUGGCCUGCAAACCCUUCCCUUUGUAGAAUGGUCCCUUGUUGCCUUUGAAGUCAGGGAAUCCUGCCUCCUCCCAGGCAGUUUCUUGCCUUGGAAAAUCAGAGUGCCCAGUCUUCACUUCCUCAGGGUUGGAGACAGUGGGAUAGGCUCAGGACAUGUGCUUGUCUUUGGGACAGCAGUCCCCUGGCUUUGUGGGAAGUGCCUGAGAUGGCGUCACUGUCUGCGGGUCCUUUAAAGCCAUCUAGCUUCAGGUACACCGCAGUGACCUGUGAGUUCUUACCUGCUGUGCCUCAUCCAACACAACUUCUAGAGCCCUAGGCCGGGAGGCGUGGCCCUCUGUUGAAGGGGCCUCUCUGUCUGAGAAGAGGCCUGUGGUCCGUCAGUAAGAAGGAAAAGGAAGCCUCAGGGAUCCAGAGUCCAGGGACCCUCACACUCCCCGUGUCUGUUACCUAUCUUCCUCACCCCAACUUGCUCACUCCUCAGUGACCACCAGUAAAACACGUCAAUGAGAAGAA